CGAGAGAGCCCUCCGUUGACUGUCCUCCUCCGUGCAUUUCAGAAUGAGUGCAUGAAAAUCUGGUCCCUCCUUCGCAGUGGGAAGUUCUCCUGUCACACUAACAGGCAGCCCAUCAGAGGACCCGAUGGCAGGAGGGACCUCAACAAGUGCCUGAUGUGCCAGCGGCUGCUGGAAAGAUACUCCAGAAACAAAGGGAGUGGUGAAGAAGCAAACAGGAACGUGAACUCUGGAGAGGAUGAGUGCCGGGAGUUCCGGGAUCUGUUCAAGAAUGGGAAGCUUUCCUGCACAAGAGAGAACGAUCCUGUCCGGGAUUCCUCGGGGAAGCAGCACAGCAACAAGUGCAUCAUGUGUGCAGAGAAGUUCAAAAGGGAGAAUGAGCAGAAGGCAACUUCAACCAGGGGGAAACAAAAGGAUGACUGCAGUGAGUACCGUUCCCAGUUUGAGGCUGGCGGGCGGCUGUCCUGCACACGGGAGAACGACCCUGUCCGGGAUUCCUCUGGCAAGCAGCACACCAACAAGUGCCUCAUGUGUGCCGAGAAGCUCAAAAAAGAAGCUCAAAGAGGAGGUCAGUCUGGAACUGCCCAGCGCAACAAACAGUCUGCUGCAGAGUGUGCAAACCAGAGGAGCUGCAGUGGCUCAGGGUUACAGCAGGGUAUGAAUGAGAGACGGCCAUUCUCCACAAACAGAGGCCCACAAGGAAACUUGGCUCAGGACUGCAGCCCGGCAUCUGGCCGCCAGGGACAGAGCGGAGGCACCAACACCUACCAGCCGCUGGACUGUGAUCGAAUUCUGCACGGGGUAAAGGGUGGAAGGAUUUUCUGCAGCGAAUCCUCACAACCUGUCUGUGGCACUGAUGGGAAAACAUACAAAAAUGAAUGUGACUUGUGUUCAGCUGCCAUGAGAGCAUCAGUUUACAUCACGGUAAACUAUCGAGGUGAAUGCCGAAAGACUGUCCCUGAAAUGAAAUAAUGAAGUUCAGACUGCCAGCAAAUACCAGGGAUCAGCUGUGACCAAAGGACAAGUAAAGGAAGAUCUGAUGUCAAGCACCAGGGAAGCUGCUGAGUUCCCAGUGCUGUUGGAUCCACCUUCAUCCCCUUCUGCAGCCAACAGGCCUGUCCUUGCUCAGGUGGAGGGUGAAGGGCUGUGGGGACCCAG